AGCGCGUCACGGUCGAGAUAGCCUGCUGAGGAUGAGCGGCUGACUCAGAUGAGCAAGCAUGGCUCUCAACAAGGCACACACGCUUGCCAAAUUGGCCGAGGAGCAGGCCGAUCAAGGCAAGCUCUUGGCAGCAGUAUCCACCCGUCAACAAGCAGCUGCAGCCUACACGACAGCUAGUCAAGCCACCACCGAUGCAUCGGCUACUGCUAUGCUCCUUAACUUGUCCGCCGCGCAGACAAAGCACGCAGGCGAGCUGCAGUGGCGUAUCGAUAUUUCAUCCCACAAGAGUGACCCCGCUCCCUCUCGGACUGCAGGCCAGAGUCACCGGCAUGGUCAUUUAGGCCCACGGCAACCUACUGCGCCGCGUCGAUCAACCACCGCGCCCGCGCAGCCGUCCAGGCUGCAACAGUCUGUGGCAUCCUCCGCCUCGAGCAGACUGAGUCCGAGCAGCUCGCUGUCCUCUGGCGAGAGCUUCUCGAUGGUCAGGUCGAACGCGAGUGAAGCCGAUCCUUUCAGCCAGUUUAUGCGCAUCAUCGACGAUCUCCAGGACAAGCUCACGAAGCCCGUUGCCUUUGCGUCAGCGCCCAUUUCUGGCAAGCUGAGCCCAGACAGGCGGAAAGUGACGUCCGAUGAGAUUGACCGCCUAACAGAGAGUUUCUUGCUCGUGCCGCGAGAGGUGCCUGCGGCCUUCCUGGUUCGCCCGCAAGCAGAAGAGCGGCCGGUGCAGAUGCUGGCCAACAAUCAAAGGACGGUAGAAGAGCUUCUGAUCGAGAAUGCAUCACUGAAGAGUGCACUCGAUCGAUUAGCGAAAGAGCACGAGCGGCAGAAGAAACUGAUCGCACGUCAGUCGGAGGAGCGUGACUCCAUCAAGCAGAGCGUACUUGACUUGUCACAACAAGUCCGUCGCAGCGUGGACAGUCAGCCUUUCACAGCGCAGAAGACGGAUUUGGCGAGGAUAGCAAAGCUCGAGAUGGAAAGGGCGGAUCUCGAAAAGGCUGCCGCCGAAGGUGCAAAGUACAAGAUGCGAUACAACGCACUGAGAGAAGCGAUCAAGAAGCGCAGGGCUGCCAAGGACACGAACAAGGACUCCGCACAUGUUGUUGACACGAAUUGAUGCACGAGAUUGCCAGCCGAGUCUGGCUUCCAACCGCGUGACA